UGAAAUGGAGGAAGUUAGAGCCGCUAGAUAGGGUGAGAAUAAUUUCCCACUCCUCAGGACUGUCAACCAGUCACUCUGUCUCUACCAGCGUCCUGACAGCUUGUCUUCGGGAGCUGCCCAGGCCACACCUCCUGAGGCGCAGGACUGCUGAUAUGGGAGCUCUUCCCUGGCUGCUCCUCCUCUUGCUGUUCCAGGAAGCUGACGGGGACUCUGGAGAUGGUGUGGAGACCGAGGAAGUGGCUGCGGUCCUUCAGGAGUCCAUCAGUCUCCCCCUGGAGAUACCCCUGGAUGAAGAGGUUGAGAGCAUCAUCUGGUCCUCCCACAGAAGGCUCGCCACCGUGGUGCCAGGGAAAGGGGGCCAUCCAGGUACCAUCACAGUGACUGACCCUAAAUACCAGGGCCGAGUGAGCUUGCUGGAGCCCACCUUCUCCCUGCAUAUCAGCAAUCUGAGCUGGGAGGACUCGGGGUCUUACCAAGCUCAAGUCAACCUGAGGACAUCCCAGAUCUUCACCACGCAGCAUUACAAUCUCCGUGUCUACCGACGGCUCUCAGAGCCUCACCUGACUGUGAAAUUUGAGAUCUCUGGGGAAGAAGGUACCUGCACCAUGUCCCUGGCAUGCUCCAUAGAGAAGGCAGGCCUGGACGUGACCUACAGCUGGAUAUCCUGGGAGGAUGGCACUGCCACGGCCCAUGAAGGCUCUGUCCUCAGCACAUCCUGGAGGCCCGGGGACAAGACCCCCUUGUAUACUUGCAGGGCCAGCAACCCCGUCAGCAAUGCCAGUUCCCGUCCCAUCCCUGCUGGGCCCUUCUGUGCAGAUCCAGGCUACCCUUCGGAGGCUUCCACGUCCUUCUGUCUCCUGGCCAAAGGGUUGCUGGUCCUCUUGCUUUUUGUAAUUCUGGCUGUGGGGCUCUGGCUCAUUCGAGUCAAGACCAGAUGCAAGAUGCCAAAAAUGAGGAAGCUCAAGAGAAACAGGAUGAGACUGAGAAAGAAAGGGAAGCCUGACCCCAGCCUGGCCUGAUGGCCCCUUGGGGACCCCUGUCCUGAGGGAUGUUUCUUCCCAGCCCCCGGGGAUCCCUUCCUCUCCUCCCCCAGGCUCUUAUCCUCCAAGGGCGCCCAGGGGUGGGUGUCCCAAGGGCCAUGGUCCCUGAGGGAAGAUUGUCUGGCAAUAAAGUCAGAUUAGGUGACCCCA